UGUUCACGAACAUAUGUUGGUGAACUUGCUUGUUAACAAACGAACACGAACAGGAUUUUUAAAAACUUGGCCUUGCUUAACAAACGAACACUAACACUCUAAAACUUUUAAGAAACCAACAUGAACAAUCUGAGUUUGUUAGUUGUUUACUUAUAAAAUUGAUUGAAUUGUGAGAUGAGAUGAGAUCAGAUCAGAUCGAGCAUGAAGAAGUAUGCCUGUAUACUGUACAUAUUGGAAAAAUGGAACAUGCAAUGCUACGUUAUGGCUAGCCUCCUCUUCCAAAUGACACUGGUUUUCCUUACGCCGAUGAGAAGAUGGUCAAACAACGCAUUCCUGUAUCUGGUGAUCUGGGGUGUGUAUUUACUGGCAAGCUUCUUUUCCACCUUCGCCUUAUCUCUCAUCUACAACAGCGCACCAAAAGAGGAAAGUGUAUAUGAGUGCGCACCAAAAGUGGGAGAAUAUAAUAAGAUCUUCCCUUUCUGGGCGCCGUUUCUGCUUGUGCAUCUGGGCGGGCCUCACACCAUCACUGCACUGGCCAUGGAGGACAACAAUUUAUGGCACCGCCAUUUGCUCACCCAAAUGGUUCAGAUCUGCUCAGUGUUGGUGGUGUUGUACCAAUACAAAAUCUUCCAAAGCGAAUGGCUGCUCCCCACGGGCAUCGUCUUCUUGGUCGGAAUCGUCAAGUGCGUUGAGCGUAUCCUCUCUCUCCAGCUUGCGUCUUCCCGUUUCGUCAGGAAGUCCAUCGGCAAGAGCCUAGAUUCUGUUGCCUCUAAGGAGCUUAUUAGGGCGGAGGGGAAGGAUAUGACGGACAACAUUAUGAAUCAGUACGAGAUUGUAAGGAAGGCUUACGAGUGCCACCAAAUUUUCAAAGGCUUCAUCAUUGAUCACUCGUUUCUCCACGACGAGUGUGGGAAGGAGAAGGACUGGUUCAAGAAUCUAAAUGUAGAGGAUGCGUUUAAAGUGAUGGAAAUGGAGCUCAGCUUCAUGUAUGAUGCCAUGUUCACCAAGAUGAUUGCGGUCCAGCAGUGGAAGGGUAUAGCUAGCUACUUCUGGUGCAUAUGGCGGUUUGUAUGUAAUGCUUUACUUGUAACCGUGGCCCUCAUCUUCUUCUUCCAUUCCAAACUCCAUAUGAAGCCUGGUGACAUUGGUGUUACCUACUGCUUGGUGGGCGGUGCGGUUCUGCUGGACCAGAUGGCUCUCAUUCAUCUCAUAUUUAGCCACUGGGCAAUGGUUAAAAUAGAAAUGGAAACUGUGGAUACACCAGUGGCCAGGAAGCUGAAACAAAAAAAAACUGUGGAUACACCAGUGGCCAGGAAGCUGAAACAAAAAAAAACUGUGGAUACACCAGUGGCCAGGAAGCUGAAACAAAAAAUUAUCUCACUCAUUUAUUAUGGACACAAACUUAUUACGGUAGUGAAUAGUAAGAGUUGGUCAGGGGAGAUUAUACAGUACAGUUUGUUGAAGCACUCGUUAGCAGGACGACGGUUGAAAUGUGCAGAUGAUUUCCUGGAACACUUUUUACUCAAGGGAGUUAUUGAUUCCUGUCUGCACACUCAAACCGCCAAGGUUGAAGAAAAGUUAAAGAAUUUGGUUUUCGAGGACAUCAAAAGAAGAGAAAAGGCUAAAGAAGCAGCUGCAGAACCAGAAAAAGAAACUUAUCAUCGUCAGGAGGUCAUGGACAAAAUAAAAAAAAUCCACCUCGCUCCGAAGGUCGUCGACAGUUCUUCCGACGAUGUCGUCGUCUCCGUCGACGACGACAUCGAGAAUUAUGCCAACUUUGUGUUAACCUUGCAUGUUGCUACUGAGAUAUGCUACUUCACCGCCGACAAAACAAAAGGUGGUGAUGAUGAAGCAGGCGCAAAAUUAUUGUGCAUACAAAUCUCCCAAUAUUUGGCGUACCUUCUAGUGCUGGAGGAGAAAAUCACGUCGGCAGUGCCGGGAAGUAUAGGAAUGAGAUUCAAAGAUAUUUGUAAGGACCAAAUCAAGAACACCUUUGACCACCUCUGCGAUACUUUCAAAUCCUUCAAUGCACCAGAGCUCCAAGAAUCGAAGCCCCAGGUUCAGAAGCAAGAGCUCCAAGAAUCGAAGCCCCAGGUUCAGAAGCAAGGUAUACUGUGUUGGAGGCAAAUAAGUAGAAAGAAACCCUGCCAACGCCUGCUAAAUGGGGAUUACAGUAGCUGCAAUGAUAAGAAAGAAUUGGAGAAUAAAUACAAGAAAUCAGUGCUGCCUAAGGCUGUUGAAGUUGCAAGGGAAAUAAUGAAUACAGAUCCAGAAAAUAAUAAUACUAAGCAGCAGCAGCCUCAGGAGUUUUGGAAAGGUCUGAGUGAAGUGUGGGCAGGGUUGCUGGUGUAUGCCUCCAGCCAUUGUAGAGAAGAUGUUUACUACCUCAAAAAAGGUGGACAAUUUUAUACAUUUGUUCGCCUUUUGAUGGCUCAUUAUGGGCUACAAGAAAUCCUCGAAGGCGAAAAACAUUCAUUUCCUGAACUCAGCUUCUUCCUGAAUGCUAAAAUUGGUAAACCAAAUUAAAAUGGUGUAUCUGAAGUGGUUAGUAUGUAAUAUAAUGAAUUAGUACGUAACAAGUCAAAAUGUGAUGAAUUGAAGUGGUUAGUAGUGGGAUUUGAAGUGCAUUCAUGUGUUAGGUUUAUCGAUUAAUUUCAUUUGUGUGCAGUGCAUGUUUGUUAAAAUUAGUGACAUUGCAUAUUGGUCACUAUAAAUAGUAGAUUUCAUAGUUUUCAUUUCAUAUAUGUAAGAUAAUGCAUGAGUGUAUGAAAGAGUGUGUGUAUUAAGAAGUUCAAUUCAAAGGUUUAAGCUUUCAA